AUGAUUCUUGUUGCUGCUGCUGUUUCGUCGCUGUUUUUAGCAGCCGCGGUUCUCGCGGCAACGUUCGUUCUUUUGAAGCAUCGAUCCGUCGCUGUCCUACGAAAGCUACCAGGUCCCGAACCGGAUUUUCUAUUUGGAAACGCGCUGCAGCUUGCUCGGUUGCCCGAUGGUAAGUACAAGCCAAAACUUCAUCUUAUAAAGACAAAACGUACAUGUAAGCUGGCCCCAUGUAAUGAGAUUGAGAUGUUAUUGACCCCAGAAAAUAGAGUUGCUUAGUUUCAGUUUGUGAUAUCAUCCAUUCCCCAGAUCAAGAUCCAGACGCUAUCAAAAGUCACACUUUUUUUACCCUGGAACUGAUUUCUUCAGCGGUCAGUAUAAAACACGGCUGCGGACUACGGACUGCGGACUGGGUAUAAAAUACGGACUAGAUAUAAAACGAGGACUGGAAAAUAUGGACUGGGUAUAAAACACGGAUUAAGUAUAAAACGCGGACUGCGGACUGCCGACUGGGUAUAAAAUACGGACUACUUACUACAAAAAAAAAAACCGGUGCUAAUUGGUUCUAGGUAAGGAAAAAUAAGAUCAAAAGAUCGCUAAAUAGCGAGACACGUGAGUUAAAGGUGUAAAUACUCCUAUAAAUUCUUGGUGGAGGUGUGCCGCCCGGUUUUCCAAAUCCUGUGCCUGAUCAAAAUGCUAUUUUCUUCACCGAUUUUUAGACCUUGUCUCGGUCUCCAACAAUCAUGAAAGGGGUCAGGAUGAUCAGGAUUCGGAGAACCAGGCACCACCCCACACCAAGAAUUCCCAGUAGUACCCCCCUCCGGGGAUAAGGAGCAGGGUGUAAAUCAUGUCAUCAUAAUCAUCGCUUGGAAUAUAACGUUGGAUGACUCAUUUCAGUUAUUAUUCACGUAUGUGAGUAAUCCCUCCCCCCUAAAUACCGCUUUUGUGCAUCGCGGAAUGCCCUACAUUGACCUUCUCGUCUGAGUUCUUCAUUCAGUCCUCAUACGGAAUUGUGGCGUUCGAUAAGAAUUUUACUGAUCUGACUCAGACACCAACACUAUUUUUUUAAUUCGGUGCUUCUUAUUGGUCUAAAACUAUCUCUUCUAACUCCUUCUUUUUAUAAAAUUCAGAGUUAAAUUUCACUUGCCUUGAGUACCGGCAUAACCUUCCUUCUCCGAGGGAAGAAUAGACUACGUGAACAGCCAAGGGAAUGUUAAAGCUGGGACUACUGUUUUUGCUAGUCCGCUUUCCAUUUCUCUCAGUUUUACCUUUCUAAGGCUGUUUUGAUUUACAUAGUCCGUAGUCCGCGUUUUAUACCCAGUCCGUGUUUUAUACUCAGUCCGGAGUCUGCAUUUUAUACCUAGUCCGUAUUUUAUACCCAGUCCGCCGUCCGUGGUCGGCAGUCCGCAGUCCGCAGUCCGUGUUUUAUACUGACCGAUUUCAGUGCUGUAAUAGCGCUUUCCACUAUUACUAAAAAUCAAGCCGUAACUAAUCGAUAGAAAUCGAUCAUCGAAAAUGUAAUCAAUUAAUCGAUAAUACUCGAUAGUACACGAUAUUUGUCGAUUGAUUAGUCAAUUUAAUCGAUUGAAAUCGAUAACACUUACCUUCAAGCUUACCUUCGAAUCCGCUUUGUUGAUAAAGACGAUGUUACUUCUUUCUCCAGUGGUAGCUACUUUUCUUGUUUUUUUUUUUCACCGGGAUCACUGCUGUAAAGUUGUUUAAAGCAAUAUUUCAGCAGAUUUCAGCCCAGCAGUCCUAUGGUGCUGUGUACUGUGUAUUCGAUCUUUGCUGUACUUAGGAGUAUUGAAUAUCGCUAAGUAACAAACAAAUCAAAGGAAAACUUUUACGCGCAUUUGUACUCUAGAAUCAUCAGAAUAAUGGUUAAUAUCCUGAAUCACUACUGUAGAAAUUGGCAAACUGUCGUCCGUUCUCCGAGAAGUUAAAAGGAUAUUUUUCGAGCGCUUAUGGGCAGGCACGCAUGGUGGCUUACGGAGCGCAGAGAAUCUUCGUCCAUUUUCUUUUUGAUCAUUGUCAAACAAAUCGAUAAAAAUCGAUAGCUAACUUAACUGAAAUCGAUCAAAAUCGACAAUCACAAAGACUCGAGUGAUUGAUUUCUAUCGAUUUCCGAUAGUAAUCGAUUAAUUAGUGUCGAUUACGAUCGAUUACGUUCGAUUUCUAUCGAGUAUCGAAAAUAUUGAUUAGUUACACCCUGUAAAACUAGGUUUUAUCACCUUAGACCCCCCGUGACUCAGACAAACUUUGCAUUCUACUCCCGGGAUUCUACUCCAAGGCUUUGUAUGGGAAACAUGCAUUUCCACAUGAAAAUUGUUCAUAAAAUUCGCCGUGAGCGUUUUUAAAAUGUUUUUUGAGCAUACUUCCAGUAUAUAAAAGGCACUACUGCUAAAGGGGCAAAACCUGGUCCAGUAACUCAAAUAAAUGGUUAAAAUCAGAAAAUAAAACGACUCGAUCAUAGAAGGCUACUGAAAUCGGAUCCCUAGCUCUGUGUCUUAAGCAGAAAGCACUGCUAUGCACUGAAACAUGACAUGACAUUAUUGGCUGUGUAAUACUCCAAAACCGAAAUUGCUAAUUAAAGACAAAAUCGAGUUUGGAUGUGCUUCUCGCAAGCCUGUGGCAGAAUAUCUAAGGUGGAAAGCACACCAACAUUAGCACAAACCGGAAAUUGUGUAAGUUUGUUCUGUUGUUGUGCGGCCAGGUAGAUACCAUAUACGAAUCCGGGACGAAUACUUGAGUACUUUAUAUCCUGUGGUACUAAGUAGUGUAACAUGAACACUCAAAAAAAAAAAUUGAGCAACCUUUGCCUAUAAAUUUCACCAAAUGCACCGUUUCGUGAACAGCUAUGAAGCCCUGCUCUCGACUCCACACAUUUUCACAUAAUUUUACUCACAGUAUUAUGACGCCGCAUAAGAAAUAAAACCACUCAUCUGUACAGUAUUUUCCAUGUUUAACGCUGUCUUGGCACGCGUUGAUUAUUAUCAGGAUAUUUAUUAUCGAAACCAAGCUGGAUUUUGUUUUCUUUAACGAUAAACAUAUCUUCAAAGACGACAAAAACUUUUUGCCGAACGUGACUUUCCCACACUAAACUCUUACCCUGGUCAGGUUUAAUCUCAGAGUCACAGCAGGGACCAGAAAUUUGUGACAUCAUUAGUGAAAAGUGCUAUUGUCUCAAGUGAUCUUCAUUCGGGAUGUUUAUGUCUUGACUGUUCACCAACUACAGCUGUAGUAUUCAGAGAAGUCAAUCUAAAAGCCCUUUUUCACCAUGGCUAACCUCCCUGAGAGUCUCAUAGUUCCAACUGUACAUUGGCUUUGCAUUAUGCACCUGUCAAUGUCAAACUGGAAGAGGGUGGAGGCUGUGGUGGGAACUUUGAUUAUCGCCAAGUCGCGCCGGUGCGGACUUGUUAUGUUUUUGACCCUGGAACUGAUUUCUUCAAUGCUGUAAUUGUCUCAAUUUUUUUUUUUCAGAGUUCAGGUUACUGGGGUUCUACUGUUAGUCAAUUAAUGAUCGAUUCUCCUUUUAAAUGGCCUUGCUUUGCUCUUAAAACAAGGGGCAAAUAUGAUGCACUGUAAGGGUUAUGUGUAGAAUUUAUCCACAAAAUUAUACUUGACAGUCAGUCAAUCAAAUUAAUUUAUUGUCAUUUCUUUAACAUGCAUCUAUUUUUCAGAGUUAAUAAAACAAAUGCUUGGAUUCACCCAGCAGUUUCAGAAAGAGGGACUAAUAUGUAUUUGGCUAGGGCCAGUGUAUUCUAUCACACUGCUGUUCAAGCCUGAAUAUGCUGAGGUGAGUUUAACCCUUCAACAACUGCUUUGGUUGCAGUUCUUUAUGGAGAACUGAUAACAUUGUCUUUUCUAAAUUAAAUAAGCCGUACCUCUCAAAUUCCCCCCCAAUCUCUAUUAGCCCCCCCCCACUCAAGUGAGCUUAAAGAAAAAGCCCCCCAGUAAUUAAUGCUACCGGCGAGGCUUGAACCCCAGACCUCCAGAUCCGGAGUUUGAGGUGUUAACCAUUUGCCACAAAUUUAUUGCCUCCUCAUUAUUUGGGCAUGGCCCAAAUAGAGUGAUGGAAACGGCUUGUUAUGACGCAAAAGUGCAAUAGGCAUGCAAUACGUGCUAACGUAAACAAGCAAGUAAACAAGCGAAGCGAGGCAAAUGUCUACCGUGCGAACGUCAUUCAACACUACAUAUUCUCCUUCGUGAAGUAAACCAAAAUCCAUAAAACGUGUCUUCGGAAUCUCACACAAAAUUUAGUUUUUUAAAUCCUCAACACUCCAAUGCGGAUUCACAAAAAAAAACUCUUCUAGUAUCUCCAAUGUGAACUUUAAUAUGGUGAUGCAAAUUGACACAUGCAGACUUUAAAAUUAGAAUAUGCUCUCUCAAAAAAGCCGAAAACUUAGACAGCACGUGAUCAAAACAUGUUCGUACAGCACCAAAAACGUUGUCAAUUUCACGACAGAGACUAACCGACAACGUUUCAUUGGCAAAAACUGACAGAUUGAAAUAGAGGAUUUACGGUAAGUCCAAAUUUUGGCCUAAUGUGGAUGCGCAAAAAUAAAAAAUAAUAAUUUCAUUUUCAUUUCCUUUCAUUUCAUUUUGUCCAUUUCCUUUUCUGCAAUAACUGAGCAAUUCCUUGCGCACUGAUUGGUCGAGAGCUAUAUUCUAUGAGAGUAUAGACCAUAGAAAAUUACAGUUGAUUUGUUAAAUAAAGAGUGCAAGAUAUUGACAGACAAACCUUGGAGCUUGAGUCAUAGAAAGUUUAUAAUAUGUGAUAAAGUGCAGUUAAGAUCAUCACAUAUAUGUGUUUGUGUUUGUCACAAAACGAAGAAAGAAUGAAGACUGGAAUGGAGAGGGGCAUAUCUAGGUGAACUAAUAUUGUGCCCCUAAAAUAACGAAAAUGGGAAACUAUUUUAGGUUCUAAUAAAAUUGAUAGUGAUUUAAGUUUAAAAAAAUGUCUUUGGAAUAAUAAUAAUAAUAAUAAUAAUAAUUUAAUAAUGAUAAUAAUAAUAAAAAUUAACUUACCUAAUAAAUAAAUAUUACAUCCAAUUAGUAGGAAAAUAUGCCUUUAGUCUUGCAAAUCUCUUUUUUCACCAGUCCCUUGCUCACUGGCAAAAACCUGUACAAAGGAGGGGUGCACUUGUUUUGAUAUUAAGUUUUUAUAGUUGCAUGCUUUUGCAAAGCAACUGAAGUAAUUAGAAAAAAAACCGACCAAAACUGCUGUGCUACGCAGGCUAUGACUGAAGCAUUUAAAAAGAAGUUUUGCAUUGGGAGUUAUAGGCUGGAACUUUGGGCUUCACAUCCGUACACCUCAGGGCUUGAAAUUAUUUUGCAGCUGGCACCGAUCAAAUUGUCCUGGCAAACCUUUUUUGGUCUCAUGCUUGAACUGAACUUGUUUUAGCCUGGACAAAUAUCUACAAAAUAUGUACUACAUCACAGCUCCAUAAAAGCUCCCCCCUCUGCCCCCGGUUCUGAAAAUAAAAAUUUCCCAUUAGUUUCAUAAAUAACCAGACUUGCAAAAUCAGGUCAUCCAAGGAUUUUAUCGUACAAAGCCUACAAUGUACUUUAGACUGGACAAUUGUCCGUUGACUGGCCACUAUUUCAAGCCCUGUGCCUGCAUGCAUACUGCACAUCACAUUUGUCUCAUUCUUUGUGUAUUCCUUUUAGAUACUUCUGUCUACCUCAAAGCAUAUGGGGAAGUCUUUUGAUUACAGCUUUUUACAUCCAUGGCUUGGAACUGGUGAGUUUUAAAGAUAGCUAACCUUCAAUCUUGCACAAAAAGUGUUAAGAAUUUGCUCUCUCUCACCCACAGAAUGCCUGUCUCGUGGAUUUGGUGGUCAAUGUUGUUCAUUGGAGGUCAGAAAUGAUCCAGCCACACCUUUAACAUUGUUUUCUUGGGGAAGGGGGCAAACAGAAAACCCUAAUGAUAUGUGUUCCCCUAUCCAGGACACACAUAUCCCUAGUGAUAUGUGUUCUUCUACCAAGGAAACACAUAUUCUUAGUGAUAUGUGUUCCCCUACCCGGGAAACGCAAAACCCUAGUGAUAUGUGUUCCACUACCUGGGAAACACAUAUCCUUAGUGAUAUGUGUUCCCCUGCGCAGAAAACACAUAUCCCUAGUGAUAUGUGUUCCUCUACCAAGGAAACACAUAUCCUUAGUCAUAUUUGUUUCCCUACUCAGGAAACACAUAUCCCUAGAGAUAUGUGUACCCCUUCACAGGAAACACAUAACCCUAUCACGUGUUCCCCUUCCUGGGAAACACAAAACCCUAGUGUUAUGUAUGACCUCACCCGGGAAACACAUAUCCCUAGUUAUAUGUGUUGCCCUACCCAGGAAACACAAAACCCUAAUGAUAUGUGUUCCCCUACCCAGGAAACACAUAUUCCUAGGGAUAUGUGUUUCUCCUACGUAUACCCAUGUCUUAACAAUUUUGUCACUGAUUAAAUACAUUUAAAAUGGAGCACAUAAUGGAGGGAGGUGGGUAAAAUUAGUGCAUUGUUGACCUCAAGUUUUUCAGUUGAAUUACUGUCACAAGUUUUUCACGUAAAAUAUGGUUGCUUUACCUUUAUAUUUGCACUAAAUCUAACUUGUGAUUUAUAGAAAAUAAAAGAUUGUUAACCUGGGCCAAUUAAAUCAACCACUUUUUUAAUUUACGAGUGUUGCUAUAAUUGUUUUGAAUUUUGAUAAAAAUAAAGCGACACUUGCAUUUUAAGUAAAAGGCCAUUUUAAUUCAUCCCAGUUAGAUAAUCGUUAGUAUUUACAGUGUAAGUUUGUUGACUCUGAUUGUUUUUCUCAUUUUUUAUUUCCCUCUUGUGUCUGAUUCUGAAUCUCAACUUGUGGCUCCUAUCCAAUAUUAAGGCUUGUUGACCAGGUAGGUAGUCUAGUUUCUGACAAGACAAGAAAUUUAAUUUAAAUUCUAGCGAUCUAUAAAUUGCAUAUCAUUGCAGUUUACUGUACAGUCACAUACUGCUGUACCAGGUGUAUAGCUGUCAAAACUCAAUACCACUUGAUCUGGAAUACAGUCAAUUCUACUUAAGACAGACACCUUUGAGACGGGCAGUAAUUAUUUGUGCAUCUAAGAGUGAUGUCUGUCCAGUAAAGAGUCAUUUAAAGGAAUUUAAAGAGAAAAAUUAAAUUACAUGUCUUUAUACCAAGUUGUCAAAAGCAUUAUAACUACUGUAUCAUGAUGUGAGAUGACUGUAAAGCUCUUUGAUAUCCAUUCCCCGAUUCGCAGUUAUAAAUUAUAAUGAAAAUGUCAAAAUUAAAACAUAAAAGAAGAAGAAAAAAGGAAAAGAAAAAGACAGAAAGAAAAGGAAGAAAAAAAUCUUAAACCAUUAAAAAGUCUCAUUAAAACGUCCAUACCAUGAUGUUUAAUAAUACAUUUUUUUUUUUAGAAAAAGUCGAAACUGCAAAGCACAGUUACGUAUACAAAUAAAAUGUGUUGAUAUUUAUAGUUAUUCCUUUUCGUUUUCUUUUGUUUAGUGAUGGUUCAAAGUGGAAGACUAGAAGGAGGUUGAUUACCCCAACCUUUCACUUCAGGAUUUUAAAUGAUUUUAUUCAGGUGUUCGAAGAACAAGCAGCAAUUUUGGUGAAACAUCUUGAGGUAAUUACUCGAUAUCAGGCGGGUCACAAAGUACUUUUUUGUUAAAGUGAAAGCGAUACCUCGUUGGCUGCCUUAGGGGUAGAAAUUACAAAUUUUGCUCUCACUUAAGGUAUUCUUGGGAGCUAAAGUGACCCCUUAAGAAAUUGCACACUUUUUCACUAGUUUAAAGAUUACAACAAAAUAAAGCUGUCUGCCAAGUUUCACUGUCAAGCAAUGCAAUUUCAGCGACAUAUAAUUCACUGAAGUUUCGUUUCCAAGGUUGUUUUCGCGGAAAAAAAAAAAACAUUGAUAAUGUAGGUUAAAAAUUACAACAUGGUACCCCACAGACGUUACACUUGACAGUUUGCUGAAUAUCUCGUAACGUAUCUGUGAGCCAAUUGUGGUCACGAAUUACGCGCUAAAGUGCAGAAUCCAUCUGCAUUCACCCUUUUAUGUGAUUGGUUUCGCGGGAAAAAAACGCGUCCCGUAUAAGAAAGAAAAGUCCAAAUGUAGGAGUCGAAGGAAGCCAAUAUUGUUACUCAUAACGAUAUGGCUUGUGGCAAGAGAGCUAGCCUGUUCUGGGCAGUUGGUGAAGUGCGGUGCAAAGUCACAAACGGGGAAAAAAUAACGGGGGGGGGGAGGGAGAUAGCGAUCCUACGCUCUCACUCCAUACCCCACCCCCCUCACUCUUUUUCCUGCUCGCAUCUUUUUGUACCAUCCCCGCAAACUGAACUCCUCUAACAGGCCAUAAGAGAGCAUGUGUGAGAAAAACCGUUGUGUAUUGAGUGUUGAGUUACAUGUUUGGUGAUCAGAAUUGCGCAUAAGAAAACACCAUCACAAAAUAACCAAGGGCUUUCAUACUGUGUUGGGUUAUGGUCUCCUUUAGGGGUAGCCACUCCCAGAUUGGUAUCAUUAAGGGAACAAUUUAGGUUUCUGAGAAACUGCCCACCUACCCCUCCCCUAAGCUAAAAUUAACACUUACUUCUCACUUAGGGCAAAAUGAUGGCUUAGGGGAGGGGUAGGUGGGCAGUUUCCCCGGAAACCUAAAUUGAUCCCCUUUUAGUUUAGGGGUUUAGACAGCGCUAGCCUGGGAAAACGGCCGACAGCUCGUGACGCCACCACAGGUUUCCCCGCGAAAUGACCUCUGAGAAACGAGCGUAGAAAUUCCAUUCUGAUGACGCAUCACUACGUAUAUGCCCAGUUCUGUGUAGCGCUUCUGACUGGUCAUGCUGAGAGGGAAAUUAAUUUGCUUCAGCCAAACAGAAGCACUACUCAGAUCUGGGAAGUGACGCAUUAUCAUCAUAGAAUUUCUAACCUCGUUUCUCUUGUCAUUUCCGCGCGGAGAAACCACUGAUGGCGUUGCGAAAUGGCGGCUGUUUUUGCGCGAAUGGCACGCAUUUUAGUGGAUAUCAGUUUGUGUCUGUUGACCUAAAUUAGGUCACAAGUGCCCUAAAAAAGAUAGUUUUGAACAUUUUUUAAAAGCGACAGCUUACCUUAAGUCAUGGAGGACUUGAAAAGGUCAAAGAAAAAUUCACUGAAAGUCAUGGAAUUCAAAGAGCUCAUAAGAGUACUAAUCCUGUGUACGUCCCUCAAUCUUUCCAUAUGUCUGUGAGGUGGCUGGUGCUUAUUUCCCUUUGGUAAACAGUCGUUGCUUUGACUCUGAAGAUGACUACCGCACAGGUUGUCGAAACGUCAGUCAACAACGACAGUCCUAUUCAGGACUACGUUCACCCGGACGAUCAAAGUCAACCUACUUUUGAAAUGACUCCUGGGUUCAAACCUUUCACAGUGACUGUCGUUGCUAUUUUAACGGUCCAUGCCACCGUUUGUAAGCAAGCCUUAAGUCAUGAUAGAUGUAAUAUCUCAUUUCAGUUGUUUAAUGCAAAUGAUACGUUUUUGAAUAGUCUUAAAAAGAGGGACGUAGGAGCGUAAGUUAAAUUUACGUUAAAAAUUAGAAAGGACUACAGUCACCUGUUAUUGAUGUAUCAGUUAAGAAAGACAGUUUGGUAGUUAAUGUACUUAAAGUUUUCGGAAUUUUUUUCGGGAUUUUUUAGUGGAUGCGUUCAUCUUUCUUUUUAAUGGAAACACGCUCAAUAACAGGUCAAGUGUCUUAAAAAUGGCAGGGAUCGUUUACGAGGGGAGAUUUGCUUCACCGGUCCUGUCCCAGACCGUUGCUGCCUUUUACAGAUCAGUGACUUAAUUAUCCGUUAUUCUGAUCUCCCAUUUCUGACCACACCUUCCCAAAUUUGUUGCGCCUAACUUUAUAUACCACACAUUUAAUCGCAUUUUUUUUUUACAGAAGGAGGCCAGCAAGGGUGUCUUCAACAUAAUGCCGUAUAUCACGCUAUGUGCCCUAGACGUUAUUUGCAGUAAGUACAUGUAUUCAGUAAAAUGCAAGACGACAACAUCGUCUAACCUGAGCGCUUCAUAUAAGCACUCGGGUUUGAAGGGAGGGGUGAGCGAGAAAAGAGAUAGCUCUUUCUUCUCCCCAUCCACACCCCUCUUGCCAAGAGAUGACACGCGCUUACCGGCCAAAUCUUCAGAAAUCGUGUUUGUUUUUCGCUUUCAAUAUUGUGUGUUUAUACAAUGCUCGACUGAAUGACUUGUGAGUCAGUUUUUUGCUGUUUGUGUUUUGAGUGCUUUUAUUGUAAUCGCUACUUACUGUGCACUAUCGUUCCUUUAUGUUUACCUAAUAUAAUGUUUUCUUCUAGUUACUUCAAUGGAUGCGUCGCCAAACGCCCAAGAAGAUGUCGACUCCCCAUACGUGAGCGCAGUUUUAAGGUAACAAUUCUAAAGACAUGCAGCCUAUUGAAAAAGACCUGUCUAAGUCAUAGCUUACGGUGUUCAAUCUGUGUUGAUUAGAAUUUUGAUAGCUACAGUUAAUUAUAGCUAAGAUAACCAAGGUCGCAUUUUUCCCUCGCUUCGCUCAAAGUAACCGCGCACAGUCCACCACGCUUUACUUUAAGUAAAUGCACAGUCCACCUCGUUUUACUCUAAGUAAACGCGCAGUCCACCACGCUUCAUUCUAAGUAAAUGCACAGUCAACCACGCUUCACUCUAAUUAAACGCACAGUCCACCUUGUUUCACUCUGAGUAAAACGCACCGUCCACCAUGCUUCACUCUAAGUAAAGUUACACUUCGCUCUAAGUAAAAAACAGUCCACCCCUUCUUAUAGAGACUGUUUACAGUCUCAGUUCUAUUUUUCGUAAGACUGUCGCGAUCGAGUACUAUAACGGGCGGCUAUCUUGGUUUCCCCGCCCCUCGGUAUGAGUCAAAAUGCCCCCAACCCACCCCCAACCCCAACCCCAACCCCAACCCCAACCCCAACCCCAACCCCUCCCUUCCCCUUGUGGUGCGUUGUUGUAAUUACUCGAUGGCGACAAUCUUACAAAAAACAAAACCAACAAAAUCGUGGGGAGAGGGGAGGGGGCAGCUGUGCACGUGUAAUCUGUCUAUUUCUACUUUAAAAGAAUGUUCUCUUGAUAAAUUUCUAAGUCGAAACAUAUCGUGCACAUUUUGUCGAUACAAAGUUCCAUAACACCUAGGGUUCAUCUCUAUUUGUCCAAUAUAAGGUACUUUCUUUAAUAAAAGGAAAACUCAUAUCAAGUGUUUCGUCCUUUCUUGUUCACGAGGUUGGUUUAUUUAUGUUGUUAAAACAACGUUUUUUACAACAACUUCGAACCGGCUUUUUUGUUCUUGAACGAUCUUUUUUUUUUUUUUUUCUAGAGUGAGUGAGUUGAUUCAGAUGCGACAGAGAUCGCCUUGGUUAUGGAAUGAUACACUGUACGCUUUAUUGUCUUCUGGAAGAGAACAUAAAAGAUGUUUAAAAAUUCUCCACGACUUUACGAAUAAGGUAAUAACGAGCAGAGCAUACUUUGAUGGCAGAAACGUUGCGUAAUAAUUUAUUGUAAUUUUGAAAACAAUGCUGAUGAAAUUCGUCACGCAACGCUCUUCCUCUAGGGGCAGCGUUGCGUGAUAUGACAAAGAACUGCUGUGUUGGAGACUUGCGCUUAAUAGCAAACUGCAAGAGUGUGCGACAUCAAAAUUUCUCGCUACAUCAUCUGAACGUCUACAACUUAACUCAACUACCGAUGUAAAAUCCCUUCUUGUGACAAAGAAGUAGCAAUCUUGUUUCAAUCCGUAGGUUAUUGACCAAAGGAUUGCUGAAAGAGCAUCUAUCAAAAGUAAAACACAGGAGGAAAAGGAGAAGGAGGAGGUUGAUGAGGACGAUGGUCUGUAUAAAGGAAAGAAGCGUCUGGCAUUCCUCGAUCUUCUGCUGGAAUCUUACGACACUGGAGACAUUUCACGGGAAGGUGUCAGAGAAGAAGUGGAUACGUUUAUGUUUGAGGUGAGAAUUUCUCUUUCUUCUUCUUAAUGGCAAUUUGAUUUUUGCCUAAUAUUGAGUAGAAAGGAGUGGCGUUAUAAGGGAGAAUAAUUUUACUUUACUAAGUGUUUUGUUCAAAAUGGGCUUUGGAGCGGGUGCCUUCAAGGUGGAAGCUGUUGUUGUUCCUAUUCACAAAUAUUAUAUUAUAUUUGCAAAUAUUAUGAUAAAGAUACCAGUUACUAAAAGCAAAAAAGACUGGUUUGUUGGCUAGGACCCGCGCUUUUAUUCUUUAGGAUUUUGAUUUGAAUAUUUGAUUUCGGGUCUGAAAAGUUACCGGGACUUACGAGAAACGAUCCCACGGGCCUUUUUCUUGAAAGUCCCGAAAACGUUUCGGCCCCGUAAAGCUGUUUCGUCUUCGUCGUGUUUGCAUUCAAGAUCAAGGUUCCAAUAAUUUUAAUGAUAUCAGAAUAAAUCUAUCAGUUAACGAAGCACAAUUGGUUUGUGAGCUAGGAACUGUGCUGCUAUUCAACCGGUUUUGACUAUAAAAUUUGCCUUCGAACCCGAAAAGUUUCCGGGCCUUUCGAGAAACGAGCCUCAGGAGAUUAAAACAAAGCAUUCCCUUGGAGCUAACGAUCGCAGCCAUUCGAGCACCAACCAACCAGCAACGUCACAGUGAAGACGUUCGAUGGAAUGCCUACCUAUUUGAGGUUGGGAGGAGUGGAAGCAGAGACCUGCAAACAGCUCCUAUGAUUCUCCUGCAACUCAGUGCUAGAGUUAAGUGCUAGAGUAUCAGGACUAGUAACCAGAAGGUCAUAGGCAGUGGCGGAUCCAGGGGAGGGAUCCGGGGGACCCGCCCCCCCUUAUUUUUAGGCAAACUGAGGCCCGAAAUUUUUUUUGGAGACCCCACCCCUCCCCCCCCCCCCCCCUAUCUCAAGGUCUGGAUUCGGCACUGUUAAGUUUGACUCCUGUUGGGGGGAAACGGAUUUUUUCCUCUGAGCCGCCUGUGUCACGGACUGAAAAAUCAUCUUUCCCUUUUUUUUCAUCUGGCUUUAAAUUCACUACCAAUAUUAAACCAAAUAUUUCUUCUGUUUUUCUCAGGGUCAUGACACCACAGCGGCUGGUAUCACUUGGGCUCUAUAUCUUCUUGGACGCCAUCCAGUCAUACAACAAAAAGUUCAUGAUGAAGUAGACAGUUUUUUUGGUGAGUUCUUUUUUUUUUUCUCAGUUAGCACUGACAUGAGGAGUCCGCAAUCCUAAUCUCCAGGUGGCUAUUACGCAUGCACAGCACAUAUAUAGCCAGCUUCGUUUGGACUUCCAUUCAGAAUGAAUAGAAUGUAUAGAACGCAAUCUGAUCUCAUGCGCGUUGGGACCUUCUAUAUUUCGUAAUCUAAUCACGCGUGUUUUGAUCAUCUAUCACGUGAAUCUUACGCGAAGCACAGCGUUGGAGCAAAAACGUUUUGACCUUCGGUCGAUGUCGCCCGCGCUGGUUAUUAGUAGUACCUUCUUUGGUAAUUACGUUUCGGUAGGUGACGUUGCCCUGUGUUCUUCGAAAGUGUUAAAAUUGUCUCUCUCUCUCUCUCUCUCUCUUUUUUUUGUAAUCAAGAAAAAACGGAAGAAGAUAUUUCGUGUUCUCACUAGUUUCUAACUGUAACGAAAUGAUUAGUCUAGAUCGUGAACACCAGUGGAAAACAGUGGGUAUUCUUUGUGAAAACCGUAGGCAAACAGCGGUAAAAAACUCCAAAAAAUCAUCAUCAUCAUCAUCAUCAUCAUCAUCAUCAUCAUCAUCGUGGUCGUCACCAUCUUCAUCGUCAUCAUCACCUUCACCGUAACUAUUAACAGCUUUAUCAUCAUCAUCAUCAUCAUCAUCGUUAUUAUUAUCAUUGUUGUUAAUAUUAUUAUUAUUAUUAUUAUUAUUAUUAUUAUUAUUAUUCUCAGAACAACGCCCAGAAACGUUAACAGUUGAUGAUUUAAAGGAUCUGCGUUACCUGGAAUGUGUUAUUAAGGUGAGAGUCGAUUUUAGGCAUCCUCCUAUACUGUCCUAAUACCUAAAUCUUGAUAAAUCAUUUAAUUUAUAUUACAAAAUUAUGAUCAUGAUUGUUAAAUUCUCAGAGAAACGCCCAGAAACGGUAACACUGCCUUUUUAGUUUUGCUUUUAUUUCGUUUUGUUCUUCAUACUGAAAUACCUACUAUAAUUGUAGAAAAAAAUAGGAACUUUAACCUCUUCUAGGCGGCCACCUCUUGGCCGUCCCAACGAGAGUUCUCUCAUUGUGGUCACCUCUGUUAAGCGGCCAUCAAGCGUUUUGGCUUUAUUUCAAGAAGAUGAUGAAGGAAAAUACCCUCCGAGAUAGAAGGUGAUAACCGAUUGUGGACCAGCAAUGCUGCCGUUGCGUAAUUGUUUCAAAAUAAAAUGAUGUUCCUGCUAAACAUUAAGCCAAUUUAUGACAAACGAACCUCUAUUGAGCGGCCAACCUCCAUUCAGCGCCACUUGCUGGUACCCCAAGGUUGGCCGUUUAAGGGAGGUUAAACUGUAUUUUUUGUUUGUUUGUGCCAACUAUGGCUCUAAUAACACUUUCCUGCUGUCUUUUGUCACAAUAGUACCGGCAAAUACAGCCACGGGCUUUUAGCUCGCUCGUGUUAGACUCCAUCUAGCACUCGUACGAAAAAUGCAGCGUCAUUAUGGGUCUGACUGUUUUUAUUCCUUCUUUCACAGGAAGCCUUACGAUUGUUCCCGUCAGUCCCUUUCUUUGCACGAACUACCACUGAAGACUUCCAUAUGGGUAUAGUAAUUUAUUUUUAUCUGUGUCCCCUAUUCCUUAAUCACUUACGCAGUCGUUCUUUGAGUCGAGGGAAAGUGCGAAGUCUGAUCUGAAAAUAGCUUAUAGCUGUCAUAGGCAGCGUUCACACUUGGUAAUGAUGGCCGGGCACGGUGCCGGAGUACGGUACUCGCUGGGCACUAAUGUGAACUCACCCAUCUUUCACGUACCCACGCUGAACUUCGGGCACGGUGCCGGUGCCUACGCGUGUACAAAGUGGUUACCGGGUCGCUGUAUACACACCGUCUUUAGUUCUGGAGCAGUUCCCGGCUUUGUACUCAUUGCUAAGCUCAUGUUUCAAAAUGACGUCUGGCAGGGCAAAAUGGAGUAACUAUGAACUCGGUCACAUAUCGGGUACUCAAGGUGUGAAUGCAGCCCCAGUUAGUGCUGGUACCAAGGUAUUAGUUCCCGAACACCAAGUGUGGGCAGUCCCUUAGUUUCACAUGAAAGGCUUUGCCUUGUAAUCACAAUCGCCAUUUGGAAAGUGAAAAACUGGAAACGUGUGAACGGCCUACUAUUUUUCUGGGACACAAUUAAUUCUGGCCGCCAAUUUGUUUGUUUUAUCAAGUUUUUGUUAUCUUGGAAAUACUGCUCUGAGAGGGCUUGAGAAAUAAAUUUUGCUUGAAAGCGCACAGUUUGACAUGACUUGUGUUGCUUUGUAGAUGGGUACACAGCUCCCAAAGGAACUUCUGUUGGAGUUGCGACUCUUGCUCUUCACAGGAACUCGGAUGUGUGGCCAGCACCGCUGGAGUUCAAUCCAGAUCGGUUCCUUCCAGAAAACAGCCAAGGACGACAUCCAUUCGCGUAUAUUCCCUUUUCAGCAGGCCCAAGAAACUGCAUUGGUGAGUUUGCGUUCAUACUUUAAAUCAUAUGGGCGUUGCAUCAGAAUUUGUGAGUUUAUCUUGACGUCGUUGAAAUGACGUGAAAAUUUUCAAGGCUCCAGUUUUAUGGCGAGUGGUUUUACGACAAAGUUAUGAGCAUUCAACCGUCGUACAAGGUCUUUAAUUACCUGAUGAAUAAGCUAGUUCAUUUAGCUUUUUUAAGCUUGUUGAAACGGUUAAACCUUUUUUUUGACUCAGUUGACCAUGUAAUAAUGGCGGUUUCGUCUCCAGCAGACGAAGGUAACAAGUGAAUAAAAAAAACUACUAGUAAACAAACAAACGAUUUCUUUUGUUGUUGUUUGUCGUCCAUUUCUAUGAUCUCUUUCUCCGUGGGCGCGCAAUUGUCAAAGAAUCAUAUUAAUAAAAAGUGCCGCUUUGUUACAUCGUUAGUAGUGACUCAUUUAAUUUCUCCUAAUCUUUGCCCUCUUUUUCUUUUUAGGUCAGCGGUUUGCCUUCUUGGAAGAGAAAAUAGUCUUGUAUCACGUGAUGCGGAAUUUCUCCAUUGAGUCGGCGCAGACCUUUGAUGACCUACGGACCUGUGGAGAACUGAUCACCCGACCAAAGGAAGGCAUAUUUGUAACGUUAGCUAAACGUUUUUAG